AUGGCCGCCAAUAUGCAGCAAAUGGCUGGGGCUGGCCAGAUGAUGCCCCAGCAGCUGCGAAGGCCUCAAACAUCCCAUCAGCUGCAGCAGAUGGUGUACCAAAAUCUACUGCAGAAUGCACGACCCGCCAACGGUCUGACGUGGCAGGGAAAUGUCAGUCUCAACGAUCGCAUGGGCAAAACCAUGGACUUAAUUUCAAACAUCUCUCUUGCCAUGAACGGAGUUGAUCAUAUGCGAGCUGCAGAGUUUGGCUGCAAUUUUGAGCGCGAAAUGUUUCACAAGUCACCUAGCAAGGAGGCUUAUGAUACGACCAUGAACAACAAGACGAUAGAGUUUUUCAAGAAACGACAGGCAAAUGAACCCAACAUUCAAAACACUCUCAAUGCUAAUGCGCAGGCCCAGGCCCACGCUGCCCAGGCACAAGCCAUGAUCAACAUGCAAGCACAACUGGGCCGUGGGAUGGGGCCGGGUCAGGCAGGAUUUCAGCACCUCCAACAGAUGCAAGGAUCACAAUUACCUCAGCAUAUGCAGCAGCAGCAACAGCUCCAGCAGCACCAAGCUGGCCGUGGAGCCAUGGGACCGAAUCAGCAAACCAUGAAUAUGCAAAAUCGACAACCUCAGCAAUUCCCCAACGACAUCUCGAGGCUUGCCCCGGGCGACCGCGCCAAGGUGCUGGAACUUGCCAACAGGCUGAUGGCGCAGGCGUCGGAGCAGCAGAAGGCCACAACAAGAAUGACGUUGCAGCAACGAAUGUCUCCCCAGCAGCUUGCCGAGUUUCAGGCGCAGGGAAGGGAUCCGUUGUCUUGGUUCUAUCAAAGCCAGGCCCUGCAGAUGCUCCGGUCUAGCAUGAACCGUCUGCAGCAACAGCAGCAGCAGCAGCAGCAGCAGCAAGCAGGUUUGCAGAAUCCAAACGGAGGACAGGCUGCAGCCGCUGCCAUGAUGCAGCAACAGCAUAGUCAGCAAUCCUUCCAGCAGCAGCGCCAGAACAUGAUGAAUGCUGGUCAAGCCGCCGAUUUUUCUCAAUACACACCGAACAUGGAGAGCAUCAAGGACCAGCAAAUGAGUGGACUGAUGGCCCAACAAGCCGGCCAAAUAGUGGUGCCAGCCAGCUCGGCCGGUGGCCAGCUCGCCACUCCCCAGCCCGGGAACCAAAACAUCCCCGGCGCCCAGGGGCAAAGCCAAACUCCUCGUCAGGGUCAGCAGCCUCAGCAGGGCAACGUGAGCCUCCAGCAGCAGAUGAAGCUGAACCAGACGCCUCAACAGAGCCAGAACCAGCUGCAGAUGAAGAUGCAGCAACCGAACCAGCAGACGGGCAUGACGGGUGGAAUGCCACCUUCGCAAAGUCCCGCAAUGAACACGCUGAACACACCCGUGUCGAGACCACCAGGCGGCAUGAACCCGAUGGGUGGGCAGCAGGGCAUGGGACAAGGCGCAGUCCCUUUUGCAGACCAGCGAUUCAACCAGGGAGCCCAGCGACCGAACAACCCGGCCUUCAACAACAUGCUGGCCAACAUGACGCCGGAACAGCGUCAGGCGAUCAACGGCCUGACGGCCGACAAGGUCAACGAGGUGUUUCGAAAAUGGCAGAGCCAGAACCGGAGCCAGGAUCAGCUGGGAAUGAGCGGGGCCCAGAUGAGCCAACAGAGUCGCCCGCCGAAUCAGUUUGGCGGACCGAUGAGCCUGAACAUGGGACCCGGCCAAGGACCGCAGGGCAUGCAGCAGCCAAACGGCCCCAUGCCGGUCAACCAGCAGCAACAGCAGAUGCAGAUGCCUCGCAUGCCGAUCCAGAACAACCAGGCCCAGGCAAUGAUGGACGCAAUGGACCUGCCCGCCCAAGUUCAGACUCUUGUCGGACAGCUACCCGUCGAGGUGAAGAAAUGGCGAGACCUCAAGAUUUGGCUGAGCCAAAACAGCACGUUGCCCCCAACGACCCGCGCCCAGCUCAGCGCUCUUCAGCAACGCCAGUUCCAGGUUCUCAUGCAAAGACGCGCCACCAUGCAGCAGCAGCAGCAGCAAGCCGGCCAGCAAAACCCCAGCGUCAACAUGGCGGCCAUGGCGAACGCCGGGGCUCAGAUGCCAAAUCAGCAGCUGGCAAUGCAGAGGUCAGCAGCGAGCAGCAUCCCUCCCCAUGUCCUUCAGGUGUCUCAGCAAGAGCUUCUGAAUGUGCGAAACUCGAGAGCGAACCUGGCCCACAUACCGGACGAGCAGCUGCAGACCAUGGUGAUGCACAUGAAGAGACAAUCAUGGCUGCAGCAGCAACAGCAGCAGCAGAUGAGGGCCCAGAUUCCCGGCCAGGCGACAGCCACGGGACAGCAGCAGCAGGUUGGCGGUGCACAAAACCCGAUGGGCCAGGCUCCGAUGCAAGUUCAGCAAACACCACAACAGCCGCCAAACCGAACACCUCAGCCGCAGACGCAAUCUAAUCCGCCGAACAUGGUUCAGACGGCAUCAAUGCAGACCGCUGGUCAGAGGCAGCAGCAGCAGCAACAACAACAACAACAACAACAACAAGACCAGGCCAUGAAUGCAGCACGGAACAACAGCAGUCAGGCUCAACCCUCCAAGAGUCUUAAGCGACCGAGUCCCGAUGAUGCCGCAGACGCGACCACAACAUCGGCUGCGACCGCAAAUGCUGCAGCCACUCGCCCUGCGUCGCAGCCUAAUCAACAGAUUCCCAAGGGCGUGCCCUCACUGACGCCGCAGCAACUGGCAAGCCUGAACCCCGACCAACGAGCCAAGUACGAGGCAUUGCUGAAGGGCCAAAUGAGCGGCCACAACCAAGGGCCAGGCAUGAUGCAGCAAUCCAGCGCUGAUAUGAACAGGCUGCGUACCAUUAGUCAGGAAGAAUCAAGACAAUUCGGCCAGGAAAAGAUGCAAAACAUUGUCAUGAAUGCACAGGAGCGUGCGGAAACGGGCACCAAGCUCCAGCGCAUUGCCGCCGAUAUGAACAAGGUCAGUCGGGGCCUGACUAAAUGGUAUUCGAUCACCCGGGACGACGCGCGAGCCAAGAUGUUUUUCCGAACUCGGUUGCGGAUCGUGCGACAGUUUUCCGACGGCGAAGAGAUGAAGGUGCUGAAGGACAAGUUUAGCAUCAAUUCGUCGGAAAUCGACCAAGCUCGGGCCAUGCUGGAGAGCAUGGCGAAGGAUUUAGCUGCUAGUAUGUACGGAAGGGGCAUGAUGAAACCUGGACAAGCGCAACCAGGUCAGGCUGCACAGCUGCAGCAACAGCACCAUCAGUCAUCCCAACAACAACAACAACAACAACAACAACCACAACAGAACUCGUCAUCUCCACCAGCUCCUCUAAACGCUGCCAAUUUGGAAAAGAAUUCGCAGGCAUACAAGAACCAGCAAAAGGCGGGAUCCAAGGGCGCUCAAGUACCUCCGGCCCCGACCGUCGCGCAGCCUCCCUUCUCUUUUGGUGCGACGUCGCCUCAUGGGAACCCCAGCUAUAUCGGCAAGCCAAAGGAUAUCAAUCUUCAGUUACCACCUUCUCGGAAAAAGGUCAAGCUCUCCGGGCAGGCCCCGGGGCAAACCCCAGCGACGGGGGCGGCUACACCUUCGCCAAAGACGAGCAAGAACGCUUCUCCGGAGAGUCGACGUCAGGAACCACCCAAACCGGUUUACCUUUGCAAAGAGCCAGACUGUGACACGGCGCCGUUUCCCUUCUCGAGCGAACAAGCUCUCAGCAACCAUGUGGAAGAAGAGCAUACAAAGCCAAAGGAGGAUCCUCUCAAGUUUGUGACGGAAAAUCUGGCAUUGGCACUGGGCUUGGAGCUGGACGGCACGCCCAAGAAGACUUGCAAAGCGACGGAGGGUGCGGCGGCAAUGAGCGCGUCGGCAUCUAAGCAGGGCCGGACACCCCAGAACGCGACGACGACGACGACGACGACGACGACGCCUUUGCCGCAUGACAACAACGCGAUGAAGAGAUCGGGGAGCGCCCUGAGCAAAGGGGCAGACGGCAAACCCAGGGCAGAUGGUGGGGGCGACGGCGCCAAGGCUAGGAAGCCCAGUCCCUGGGCUGGGUGCACCAUUGACCCGCAAGCUCUCAUGAACAACCUCGGGUUCGAAAAGGGCUUUCCCAACAUUGUCAGUGAUGCCAACUUGUACCGGUCGAUGACCCCGAACGACACGCCAGAGUCGAGCAAAGAUAGCGGGUCUAGCGAACCCAACAGCGACAUUUCCGAGGGAGCAGCGCUGGAGAUUGACAUGAACUGGCAAUCCUUUGAACAUGACUUGCUGAUGGACCUCAACAACACAAGUCUGGACCCGAGCUUGCUCCUGGACCCACCCUGCGGACCAGCGCCGGAUUGGGACGACAUUGAGAUUGACUUUUCCAAACCGUUGCAACUCGACAUGUCCCAAUACUCGAUGAUGUUUUGA